UUGGACCCUUUAAAAGUUUCCUUUCCUUCAACCCGAAGAACUCGUUGAAAUCCCCUGUUCCCUCCAAACAUACCCCCCCAAACUAAAAACAAAUAAAAAAGAAUGGAUCUCCAAGAACCCUUGACUGACCAAGAACUCCAAACGAUCGAAGCAAUUGAAGCCUCUUUCACCAAGAAAAGAAGCACCAGAGCCGAUCACACUCAAGAACCCCGCCGCAGAACUCGCCGUCACUUACCCUCUUCCGUUCUCGCUUCGCCUUCUUCACCUUCAUUUUCACUUUCACCUUGUCAAGCAGCAAAUUUAAGGAUGAAAUAUCAAACUUUAAGUUUUGGAGGUCAGAUUUUGUAUAGCAGAACAUCAGUAGAGGUAGAGAAAGCUGCAGUGGAGCUUUUACAGGUUCUUGAAGCAAAGAAAAAGGAAACAGAUCAAGUUGCCAUAGGGUUUGAUAUUGAAUGGAGACCCUCGUUCAGAAGAGGUGUUUUACCAGGAAAGGCUGCUGUUAUGCAGAUAUGUGGUGACACCGGUCAUUGUUAUGUCAUGCAUAUUAUUCAUUCUGGAAUCCCUCCAAGCCUGAAGUUUCUCCUUGAGGAUUCUUCACUUUUAAAAGUUGGAGUUGGAAUUGUCAAUGAUGCUGCUAAAGUUUCUAAGGAUUAUAAUGUAUGUGUUAAAGGUGUGGAGGAUCUUCGCUGUCGAGCAAAUCAAAAGCUUGGUGGAAGCUCUCAAAAAUGGAGUCUUGCAUCCCUGACUGAGACGCUUGUUUGCAAAGAGCUUCCAAAGCCCAACAAAAUCAGACUGGGAAACUGGGAGGCAGAUGUUUUAACAAAGGAGAAAAUACAGUAUGCUGGAACAGAUGCUUUUGCUUCAUGGCAUCUCUAUCAGGUUCUGGAGAGCCUCCCAGACCCAGUAUUAGAGGCAGCUGACUAAAGAAGAUUGGAACUGAACAACGGAAGAAGCUGACUAAAGAAGCCUGGAACUGAACGACGGAAGAAGUCAUUCAACCGAGAGAAUGCAGGUUCAAGAAUGGUUUCAGGGCAAAUCGAGCUCUCACAGUUUCAUUGUUAUUAAUAGACCAGAAAUCAGAUUUGUGUAUUCACUAAAUGAAGGGAAAUAUA